ACAGUUGUCAUGAAAGAUAUAAAGCCACACGCUCCUCACCAUUAUCUCGUGCUGAGCAAACUACAUAUCAAUAAACCAAGCGAUCUAACUCCAGCCGAUGUUCCUCUUGUGAAAGAAAUGGAAAGAAUGGGACGUGAAUUUUUGCGUGAAGCAUUACGAACAUCGGGAGAUGCAGAUACGAUCGAAGAUAUGCUUCGAAUUGGUUUUCACUGUUCGAAUUUUCUUUCUGUGUACCAUUUACAUAUGCACAUACUUUAUCCAAUUUCUGGGGUAAGUUUAUAUUUUAUACUUGGUGUAAUUUUUUUAUUUUAUAACAGCCAAGAGAAUUUUAAACCUUCGCAUAAUUCUUGA